AUGCAAAUGAGCACAGAGGAAACUGUCAGCUGCACUAUGCGCCCAACCAAUAGGAGCACAGCUCCAUCUUGGCUGUGCACUAGACUGCAUUACAAACAGACGAUACCAUCGCUUCAACAGCAUCUUUCCAGACAAGAGAUUCCAACAGCAAUAAAGAAGGGAGGCCUCAAGGAUGGCUUCUAGCCACUGGAAUGAGACCACGACCUCUGUCUAUCAGUACCUCGGCUUUCAAGUCCAAACAAUUUACCCUUUCCAUGAUAACUGGAACACUGCCUGCUUUGUCAUCCUGCUUUUGUUCAUAUUUACCGUGGUGUCCUUAGUCGUGCUGGCUUUCCUGUAUGAAGCACUCGACUGCUGUUGCUGUGCCAAGAACAAAACUGUGAAGGACUUGAAAAGUGAGCCGAACCCUCUCAGGAGUAUGAUGGACAACAUCAGAAAACGUGACAGUGAGGUAGUCUAGCCCUCCUUAGAAGACGGACAAAAACUUCAUUAAAACAGCCUUCUGCCUCUCCUGAGGAAAAUGAAAAUUUCCUGAAGCCAGCUGUUUCAAUGAAAUUUACUUUGAAUGGCUAAAAGAUUUCUGGCAGAAAACAAGUGAAAUGUGCACCUUUCUGUGUGUAUCCUUCAUUAAAUAUACAGUUCAUAACAUGAA